AUUCCCCAUCCUUCCCCCACUUUUCCCAAAUCUGACUUUGUUAACAUAGGUUUUCUUUUUUUAUUCGAUUCUCUAACUUUUAGGGUUUCAGAUUUUCAAUCACUCUCUCUCUCUCUCGCUCUCUAACAAUCUAUUUAAAUCCUAACUUUGAUAUCCCGAACAAUGGCGCCGCCGAUAAAGCAACAGAAGCUGGGGAAAGAAUCGGAGGAAUGCGAUACGCCUUCGAACAAUUUGUGGGUGGGAAACUUGUCGGGCGAAACGGUAGAUUCGGAUCUGAUGGAGUUGUUCAACAAGUACGGCGUUCUCGAUAGCGUCGCGACGUAUUCGUCGAGAAGCUUUGCUUUCGUGUUCUUUAAGCGCGUGGAGGAUGCGAAGGCGGCAAAGGAAGGUCUCCAAGGAGCCACCUUACAUGGAAACCAAAUCAAGAUUGAAUUCGCUCGACCGGCAAAACCUUGUAAGAAUCUAUGGGUUGGUGGAAUUAGCCAAAUGAUUUCAAAGGAAGAAUUAGAAGAAGAAUUUCGCAAGUUUGGUAAAAUUGAAGAUUUCAAGUUCCUUAGAGAUCGUAAUACUGCAUUUGUUGAGUAUUUUAGAAUGGAAGAUGCUUCACAGGCCAUGAGAAGCAUGAAUGGCAAGCGAAUAGGAGGUGAACAGAUGCGUGUUGAUUUCUUAAGAUCCCACCCUUCGAGAAGAGAGCAAUGGCCUAUUUCUCAUGAACUCAGAGAUGGGCUUUUUUCUGGUAGGAUGGGGCCCUCUGACACCCAUUCUAUGGCAAAAAGACCACAUCCUCAAUUAGCUGGCCGAAAAGUAGAUGGUCAGCCUAGCAAAGUUUUGUGGGUAGGUUAUCCUCCCUCUGUGCAGAUUGAUGAACAAAUGCUUCAUAAUGCUAUGAUACUGUUCGGUGAGAUUGAGAGAAUUAAGAGCUUCCCUUCAAGACACUAUGCCUUUGUGGAGUUCAGGAGUGUGGAGGAAGCUCGGCGUGCAAAGGAGGGCUUACAGGGUCGUUUGUUUAAUGAUCCAAGGAUCACUAUUAUGUUCUCAAGCAGUGAACUUGCACCUGGGAAAGAUUACUCUGGCUUUUAUUCAGGCAUAAAGGGGCCAAGGCCAGACAUGCUCUUCAGUGAUCAUCCAUUUAGACCUUCACAAGUGGACAUAUUUGGUCAAAAUCAUUCUGGACUUUCAAAUAUAGUAUCUGGACCAUUAACGCCUAGUGGAAUUGUAGGAUCAAAUGUGCCAAUCAGGCUUUUUGGCCAUCAAGGUAGCUAUGAGCCUCUGCUUUCAGGUCCAGAAUACAGCGAUUUGUCUGUGCAGGAUGCUGAUCCUAAAAUUCUCAUGGGUCCAAAUUGGAGAAGGCCUUCUCCUCCUCUCCCUUCUGCUCAAGGUUUUAAGCCUCCAAUGAGACAGGCAUCUGGUUCCUGGGAUGUUUAUGAUGUGAGCCAGUUUCAAAGAGACGCAAAACGUUCGAGGAUUGAGGCUUCAUUGCCUAUUGACGAUGCUUCUUUUCCUUUAAGAAAGAUGGAUGAUCUUGGGUCACAUUCAGACGACUCAUAUGGGCUUGGGCCAGUUAAUGGUGGGGGUGCUUUAGGUCCAUUUGUAAAUGUCCAAGGGAAGGGUCAUCUAAGUCCGGUGCCCGGAAAGGUGGUGGCUGGUGGACCUGGAGUAGCCCGUUCUGAUAAUGAUUACAUAUGGCGUGGCAUUAUUGCUAAGGGUGGAACACCUGUUUGUCAUGCUCGAUGUGUUCCCAUUGGAAAGGGGCUAGAAACAGAACUUCCUGAAGUUGUUAACUGUUCAGCCAGAACAGGAUUGGAUAUGCUGGCAAAACACUAUCGUGAGGCAAUUGGAUUUGAUAUUGUUUUCUUCUUACCUGACAGUGAAGAUGAUUUUGCAUCAUACACUGAAUUCCUUCGCUACCUUGGUUCAAAAAACAGAGCAGGUGUUGCCAAGUUCGAUGAUGGGACAACAUUAUUUUUGGUGCCUCCUUCAGAUUUUUUAACGAAGGUUCUAAAAGUUGUAGGACCUGAACGGCUUUAUGGUGUUGUUUUAAAGUUGCCUCCACAGCUGCCGAGCACUACACUGCACGCGCAUCCACCUCUUGUUUCUCAGUCUGAUUAUAGUUUUUCACACUUGAAGGAAGAACAGGGUCUACAGAUGGAGUAUGGAAGGGACUUGCAUGAGGAGUCCAUACCUCCUGCAAGACCUCUGGGGCAAUCUGCCAUGCAAACUCAACCACUCAGUAAUCCUACAGCACUGUCCCAAACUGGUGUUUCUUUAACACCGGAUCUGAUUGCUACUCUAGCCUCUUUUCUCCCGACAACCUCACAGACUGCUACUGUAGGAGGUGUUCAGCCUCCAUUAGUGACAUCAUCAUCACAGUUGUCAUUUGCUCAAACCAUUGCACCUAAAGGAGCUUCUGCACAAAUUUGGAACCAAGAUCUGCAAGCUUCUGAGCCUGCAACCCCAUCUUUCCAACAGUUUAAUCCUCCAGCACAAUUACCACCAGUUCAGCAUUACUCUAUUUCGAAUACACCCAUCCAUUCUGCCCAAAUGGCCCUUGGUAGCACUCAGUUUCAGGAGUCUGCUGUUAGCAUGCCGCAGCACGGUGCUGCAUCUUCAAGGCAAUUGACUAAUAUCAAUAUUCCUUCUCAAAGUGAACCAGGUGCAGUUUCUGCCCCUAUCAGCCAGCAGUAUCAGCCUGAAGUUCCUCCCAACACACAGAAGGGCUACGGAAUGAUGCAUGGAAUAGAUGCUUCUGGGUUGUAUAGUGCACCAACUUUUCAGCAGCAGAGCAAUCCUAAUGUUUUGUCUAAUCAGGUUCAUGGUGCUAAUGUUUCCCAGCCACAAAACGUCAUGCAAGCUGACAAAAAAAUUUUGGAGCUUCCUAGUCAAGUACAGCAGCUGCAAUCUGUGCUUUCUGGAGCUGGUCAGGGCACAUCAGAUGUGGAGGCUGAUAAGAAUCAGCGUUACCAGUCAACACUUCAAUUUGCUGCUAGCCUUCUCCUCCAGAUUCAGCAGCAGCAGCAGCAGACGAAUACUCCAGGUGGACAAGGGACGGGGAAUCAGCUGUGAAAACUCCUUUAUCUAGGUAAUUAUUCUUGCCAUAACUUAUUUUCUUGAAUGGAUACAUACUUAACUGGUUAAUAUAGGAAUGAUCUAGUUUUUUUGUGUAUUAUGUAAUGAUAGUUGUUUGUUGACUGUUAUUGUCCUCCUUUUAAUGGCUGCAUAUGAAUUCUGAAAAUUAUGUAUGCAAAGUAAAAAAAUCUUUUGGAUUUAGAACUUCAGAAAAUCUAGUGGUAUUGUUUGGGGCAAGUAGUUCAUGGGGUUUGCCAGACCUUUUACUAUUUUGAGAAUCGUAAAUGGGGCAUCAUGUCCUAUAUAUUAUCACGUGGUGUUUGAAGCUGAUUCCCUUUUAGGUCGUGCUAAGGGACAGUGGAAUCGCUAAAUUUGAAACUUUCUAGUCUAGCAUUUAGGGGGCUCUUUUGCUUGGAUUGAAGUUUCUUUUACUUUCAAUGCUUUUGUAGUAUGUUAAUUUGAUUCUUUGCAUGUUUGAACUAGAUUUAGUGCCUUAGGACGGGGCCAUUAUAACAAAUUCUAUGCCCCACUCUUCUUAGCCUUUCCCUUAUCAGCCAUGUGCCUGUUUCUUGAUUCAGUAUUAUUUCAGAUGGUUUUCUUUUGAUUUUACUACUUCUUAGAUUAGGUAGGGUGGUUAUUGUUCAAUAGUUCAAGGUAGAAUGAAGUGGUUUGAUCUGGGGCAGAAAAGAGAUUUCGGUCUUUUCUUAUGUUUGUCAAAAGAGUUUUAUCUACAAAUGAGAACAGUGAUGAGUGGAGUAUUGGUGUCUAUUUUAGAAGUGCUGCCUUGGAAAAUGUUUGGGUACUUUCUUAUUCAUGUGGUAAAGGACUAAGUUGCAAGUUUCAUGGUGCUAUCAGGAGUUUCCUUAUUGUAGCCAAUAGAAUUGUUGGAUAGUUAAACAAAUAAUUGGUUCCUUGUUGAAGUGGCUAUUUAGUUGGGCUUGAUCCUGAGGUAUGAUAUAUUUUGAGUUUUCUUUCU